AUGGCUUCCGGCAAAACCAUCGUCCUUAUCACUGGUGGCAAUAGCGGUAUUGGCUACGAGACUGUCGCUGCUCUAUCAAGCGCAUCCGCCGAUUUUCAUAUCUUACUCGGUUGCCGAUCAGUGGAGAAGGGUGAGGCUGCAGUGGAACAGAUGAAAAAGGAAUUCGGCAGCGCCCUGAAGGGAACUAUCCAGGUCAUCCAGAUCGAUAUUACCGACCGCAAGUCGAUAAACACUCUCAAGGAGAAGAUCGAGACGCAGUUCGGCAGGCUCGAUGCCCUUAUCAACAAUGGAGGUGUCCUGGUUCAUACACCUAUGGACAUCCUUGAUGCCCUCCGUAUCAGUUUCGAGACGAAUCCAUAUAUCAUCUACGUCUCUUCUGAGCAGGGCUCCGUGACGCAGCGAAAUGACCCCAAUGUCGAUAUCAUGCAUAGAAGACUCCGUGGAGAGCCCUACCGAAUGUCUAAAGCGGCUAUCAAUAUGCUUUCCGCUUGUCACCGCUACAACUACGCCGAAUGGGGAUGCCGAGUCCUGGCCUUCAACCCAGGCUGGUGUGUCUCCAACCUGACCGGCGCCGAGGGUCGGGAAAUGCGCCUAAAAGCAGGCGCCAGAGAUCCUAAGGAACCAGCUCAUGCUUUGGCUAGCAUCAUACAAGGCAAGAGAGAUGCUGAUAUCGAGAAGAACGGCAUGGUAGAUGUUGAUGAAGGCGUUCUCCCUUGGUAG